CGUCACCUAAAAACACAUGGUAUCAUAACCUCCAAAUGAGCACGCGUUACUGUUGUUAAACACGCUACUCGAGGAAGAAAGUUACGGCAAGUUCUCAUAACAAUCGACGAGGAAUACAAGUUUGAGUGACAAAAAUGUUGCGAAGACAAGCGCGAUUACGUCGAGAGUACCUCUACAGAAAAUCCGUGCAAGAAAAGGUGCAAGGUAUCCAAGAGAAGAAGGACAAGCUGAAGCACAGCUUGGAGGAAAAUGUCCCGAUCCACCCGGACCUGAGGAAAAGCGCGUUGCACGUGCAGAGGAAGAUCGAAUGGGAGGACGCCGGGCCGGAGAUGGCGAUGGCCAUGGGCACGGAGAUGGGCGGUGCCGUGGUCAAUCACGAGGACGACGAGUAUCGCUGGGCCGGCGUGGAGGACCCGAAGAUCGUCAUCACGACGUCGCGCGACCCGAGCUCCCGCCUGAAGAUGUUCGUGAAGGAGCUGCGUCUGAUAUUCCCGAACUCGCAGCGGAUGAAUCGCGGUAACUACGAGAUGAAGCAGCUGAUCCACGCCUGCCGAGCCAACGACGUCACGGACUUCAUCAUCGUGCACGAGCAUCGUGGCGUCCCCGACGCCCUGGUGAUAUGUCAUCUGCCCUACGGACCAACGGCUUACUUUACGUUAUCCGGUGUCGUAAUGCGACACGAUAUACCUGACAUUGGCACAAUGUCGGAGCAAUAUCCACAUCUAAUCUUUCAUAAUUUCAAGACGAAAUUAGGAGAGAGAACAAUGAACAUAUUGAAGUACCUGUUUCCCGUGCCAAAAGAGGAUAGCAAGAGGGUGAUUAGUUUUGCCAAUCACGACGACUUCAUAUCCUUCCGGCAUCACGUGUACAAGAAGGCUCGAGGAAAGGAGAUCGAAUUGACAGAGGUUGGACCACGCUUUCAAAUGAAGUUAUACGAGAUCAAAUUAGGAACUCUGGAUGCUGAAUCAGCCGCUGACACGGAAUGGGCCUUGAGGCCUUAUAUGAAUACAACUCAUAAGAGGAGAUUUCUGUCUGACGAUGAUGGGUGGCAGCAAGAAGACAAUAUUUAAUUUAAUUUAAUUCUGAUAUGCCUAAUGCCUUUGUAUAUAUAUCAAUCGUUUUAUUUUGAUAAAUUUUCUAAAGCCACAUUAAUAUCUCUAAAUUAAUACAUUCCUGUCUGUACAUAUAAUAUUAUGUAUACAUAUAUAAAAUGUAUAUAAUGUGCAUCAAGUAUUCCUUGAAGGAGUGUAGAAAAUAAUAGGCAAUAUAUAAAAUUAUAGAUGAUUAAAAUUACUAUUUCAGUAUCAUUUGAUAAGCAAUGAUAUAAAAUA